AUUAAACUUGUAUUAAGUUUAACAAAUGUGUCAGUUUAACAAAGUGAAAAAAACUGUGAAUCUAGGAUUCUAAUAAUCCUUUAUUAAUAUAUAACUUUCUUAACAGAAAUUAACCAUGGGAAUGUACAACACAAAAGUUGAGGAAGCAUGUGCGGAGCCGCCGAUUGAGGGGCCGGCGAAUCUUGAGCCGGCGAUUGCGGGGCCGGCGAAUCUUGAGGUUUCAGUUGUGGAGCCAGUGGAGACCCGUAUAAAGAAAAUAAGAGAAGCAGCUCGGCGCCAGGCAAAUAAAAAAUUUCGGAAAAUGAAAACGGCAUUACGACGACAACAGAGGAAAGAUGCACCUCCGCCGGCCCCCGUCUACGCAUCUCCGCCGGCACCCGUCUACGCACCUACGCCGGCCCCCGUAUACGCACAUACGCCGGCCACAAUGUACGCAUCUACGGCGCACCCAAUUUAUGGGAUGACGCUGCACCGAAUGUAUUUCAAUAAUUAA